ACACCCUCUGCAACUCUUGAACGGGAAUACAAGAACUCGCAGAAAUGAUCUCGUUACUCCGUAACUCUGCCUCUUUAAGAGCAAUCCCUAGAUGCUCACAAUUUAGUUUUAAACGUAUGAACAGUACUCAAGCAAAAGGAUCCUUUGAAGGUGUCAAGAACGCCAAUGGAAAUUAUGUCGUUACUAUGAUAGCUGGUGACGGCAUUGGACCGGAAAUCGCGAAAUCUGUAGAGCAAGUUUUUUCUGCUGCAAAGGUUCCUAUUGAAUGGGAACCUGUCAAGGUUUACCCUCUUUUAAAGAAUGGAACCACUGCUAUUCCCGAUGAUGCUGCUGAUUCAGUCAGAAAGAACAAGGUUGCUUUAAAGGGACCUUUAGCGACUCCAGUCGGCAAGGGACAUGUUUCUAUGAACCUUACUCUUCGUAGAACCUUCGGACUUUUUGCAAAUGUCCGUCCUUGUGUCUCCAUCGACGGCUACAAAACACCCUAUGACAAUGUCAAAACAGUCUUGAUUCGUGAAAACACCGAAGGUGAGUAUUCCGGUAUUGAACAUGAGGUUGUCCCGGGUGUUGUUCAAUCUAUCAAAUUGAUUACUCGCGCUGCAUCUGAGCGCGUCGUUCGCUAUGCUUUCCAAUAUGCUCGUCAAACCGGCAAAGACAACAUUACAGUGGUCCAUAAGGCUACCAUCAUGAAAAUGGCUGACGGGUUAUUUUUGGACACCGCAAAGCAACUUGCUCCCGAAUUCCCUGAUAUCAAAUUGAAUGAAGAAAUCCUUGAUAAUGCUUGCUUGAACAUUGUUACAGAUCCCGUUCCUUACAAUAAUACUGUCAUGGUUAUGCCCAACUUGUAUGGUGAUAUCGUUUCUGACUUGUGCGCUGGUCUCAUCGGUGGUCUUGGAUUAACACCCUCCGGUAACAUUGGUAAGGAUGCUUCCAUCUUUGAAGCUGUUCAUGGAACUGCUCCUGAUAUUGCCGGAAAGGGUCUUGCCAAUCCAACUGCAUUGCUUCUAUCCUCCAUCAUGAUGUUGAGACAUAUGAACUUGUAUGAGCAUGCUGCUAGAAUUGAAACAGCUAUUUUUGAUACCCUUGCCAACAGCCCUGAAUCUCGUACCAAGGACUUGGGUGGUAAAUCUUCGAACGUCGAAUACACAGAAGCCAUCAUUUCCCGUCUCAAGUAAUGACUCUUAUUCUCAAUCUUUUUUUUGCAUUAAUGCCUACCUGAAGCAAUUAUGCCGAUGACUUUUCUACACUGAAAUAAUACCUUAAAUACAAAUUACCUAACCCCCCUUCUUCAAUUUCACAGAUUUCACAAUAAAAUCAAAAUUAAAUGAGAUUUUUUACUUUCUAAUAACAAAUCAAGUACUGUUGUAUUUUCUUUAAUUGCCCUAUUGAUUACCGUCUUCCAUCAUAUCUUCCUGAGUCUGCAAAGUUUUAGUAGCAUCUUUGCCAACCCAUUCUAACUGAACAUCUUUUAAAGAAGGAAUGCGUAAGACUCCAUGAUAAAACUAGAAUUUAUGUUAGCAGAUGUUGCCUCGCUGAUUCAUCUUGUAAACGGCACUUACACGUUCCGCUGCUUUUCUGUUUUGGAAAUUAACCAAUCGUUCAUCAGGAUUAAGCCCAUCAAUACUUUCAUAUUCGCCGACACUAAAAACGAAUUGUAAUAAAGAUUCAUUCUUCUCGGGGGUCAGAUUUUUUACUUUGACCCUUGUAGGCCGAUUGUCUAUGGACAUAGAUGCCAAUGAGAAUCCACCUCUGCCUCUUCCUCUAUACGCAGAAGACCCUCGCUGAGAAGGUGCAGACGAAGAAGGAUGAUGAUUAGUGGAUCGACCUGACUGACUUCCCUCACUCCCUACAGGAAUGCCCAAACUUUCAGCUUCGGCUUUUAAAACAGCUAGCUGAGUUUCUAACAGCUGUGACUUAUUUUUGUUUUCCGGAUCAGCCUCCUUUAUCUUGCUCAUAAGUAACCUUUGUUGUUCAAGCUGUUGCAAAGCCAAUUGUUGUUUUCUUUCAUUCAGCUCUUCUAACGCCUUUUUAUUUUCUUCUAAACGCUUCAUCCGCUCUUCAUGCAGUUUUUGCUUUUCGGCAAUGUCCUUAUGAAAAUCUUCGUUUUGCAAUAACAGAGAGGGGUCCUCUUCAUCCUCAUGAUUUUCAAGAUCUGGUGAUCGCGAUGAAGCUUGAAAAAAAUCUUUACGGGAAGCGGGCCGGCUUUGGGAAGCUUUAUUAGGAUUAUACCAAAAAAUUUUAAUAAAUCUAUUGUUAAAAAUUGGUUCUGGUGAAGACCAUGCAUUAUGAGCUGCCUCAUGGGAUGUAAAGGUCAAAAUAGCUGCAUGUUGUUCAAGAUUGAGUUCAAUCUUUUCGAGGACGCCGAAUUUGGAAAAGAAUGAGCUGACUUUCUCUUCAUCUAAAUACUCUUCGGGAAUAUUACGAACAUAUAAAACGGUAUUCGUUGGAUCGUUUGGAGUAUUACGUACUGGUCGUUGACCCAUUGAAAAAGCAGGACCACCCUUAUUAUUUCGGCGCCCAAAACCAGCUUGACCCGCUCCAUAAGGAUCAUUCCUUGGAGCAGACCGUUUCUUGUUUUUCAUUUUUAGAUAUGAAGAUGGAUGGUCUGCCGGGGAAAGGAAGAGGAAAAGGGGGUAUACCAGCUGGACUAGAAGGAUUGUAAAGCCCAGGAUUCUCCGGCAUAAAUCUGGAACCAGACAUUGCAGCUGGAUGAUACAGAGGCAUUGGCAUCAUAGGAGGAAUUGGUGGGAAAAAUGCAUUCGGAUUCUGCGGAGUUGGAGCGAUAUAAUUCGAAAUAGGAGCAACCUGUUUCGGUGGAAAAGAAUAGCUAGGGGAGUACUUGGGUUGUUCAUUUGCUAGUACAUUAGCUGCCACCUCCGGGGCUUCUUCGAGAUAGGAUCGUUCACGUAAAACAUCAAAUAUUUUAUCAACAAAAGGAACUGUUUCUUGCCUCAAGAAGUCUUCAAGCUGCGAGUAACAUAACUGACGAACUUCCUCCUCUGAAGAUUCAUGCCGUAAAAGAGCCAUAGCAUAGUCUGAUAACACGCCGGCAUCAGCAUCAGAACUAUAGAUACAUUAGCAUUUUAUUUUCGAUAUAAAAUAGGCCAUAAGUCCCUAAAUAGGAACCAUCUCUUUUGUGUAAGAUUGCAACUGUACUUACAUGGGUUCUAAUGCCUUUUCUAGAUACUUUUUUAGGUACUAAACUAGUUAGAAUUUUUUCAAAGCAUCCAAUAUACCUGUGCAUGUUCCUCUAAAAACAAAGGCAUCUUGAAUAGAGGAAAUUCUAGUCGCAGGCUCUAGGUAUAGGUUGUUGAUGGACUUGCUAACGGCUGAAGCAAGCUUCAAAAACUCGAUCGUCAGGUUAGAAAAAGAAACGUUAGAGAACAAUUAGUUUACAUAAUACCAAUUUUCAAGUCUGUCUU